UGGUGGUCUUGCAUGUGGCUGAACGAGGGUAUUGCUACGUUGUUCGGCGUGUAUACAAUCAAUCAGAUUAUGCCUGAGAGUCGAAUGUUGGAUUUAUUCGUAGUCCAGAAUCAACAAGAAUCUCUUCGUCUAAAUAAUUCACAAGUUAUGAAUCCUCUUGAUUCAGAAAUUGACAGUAUGUCUGAAAUUAAUUCUCUCUUCUCUUUCACCUAUUACAUAAAAGGUAUAGAGUACUGAAUAAAUAAAGUUGAAACAAUUAAAACAUGUAAAAU